AUGCCAUCCAUUCAGGAAAUUGUAGUUGAAACUGUUGAUUCUGACAGCUCUGAUGAGGGCGUCGCAUUGGAGACUGUAGCUGAGGAGCCCAACAACCUUAAUGAGUCUGCUUUUCUCCCCAAUAUGGAGCCCGAUCAUGCCGGAGCCAGAGUGCAGAAUGGUGACGACGAUGAAUUUCAGCUCCAUACGUUCCCUCCAAGCAGUGAUAGCGAGUCCGAUGGCGAUGAAGAAGCACCCAGCAAGAAAUCCGUUCUUGACAAUGUCUUAAGUGAUCCAGAUGACGAUGAGGAAGGGGAACUUAGCGAGGUGGAAAAGGUUCGUGCCAGUAAGCGAGCCAAAAGAGUUAAAGACAGUAAACGUAAGAUGGAUUACCAAAACUGGUUAAGGGAUGGAAACUCGUCAUCUAAGUCUGAUAGUGACAAGGAGGCCCCUAAGGAUUAUUGGUCGCUGCACACAGCUUCCACUAAUACGGCUUCUAAACAGAAGCCACGCUUUAAGACCUCUAACACCGCUAACACUGCUGUAAAAUCUACUCCUCAAAGUUCUGGUAAGAAGCCCGCUCCCAAGCCAGCUUUAACUAUCAAAAGCAAAGUUGAGACUCUUGGCUUGGAGGUUAAGAACAACGGUACCCUUGUUAAGAAUCAUGUUUCCCGGAAGUUUAAAGAAUUUACUAAAAUUCAAAAGAACCAGCAAUCCGAAAUCCUCGGAAUUCUUAAGACUCAACAGGAGAACCACCAGAUUCUUAUGGACAGUAUUUUGAACGUUAAGAACAAGGUGGAUCAGGUCUUGUCUAUUGUGGAGAAGUGUCCGCACGGUGACAAGAAGCCAUCUAAGAAGAUCCCACCUGUUCCUGUUCCGCCCCAUAAUUAUGGGAGGGGCAGUGGAGGCCCUGAGAAUUUCCGCAGACGAGAACCUGAUCCUAACCAACAUCUUGCUUCUUCUGUAAAUCGUAAUGGCAGUAUUGGAAACCGAAAUUAUCAAGGAAACGUCACAUCUUCUCCACAGGUCACGGUCAACAACAACCCCAUAUAUCAUCACCACUCCACUGGUCCAGUUAAUGUCGAGGUGUGUACCCCUGGUUAUGGUGUACAACCUGGUGGGGGUUCGCGGAAGCGUCGCCUUUCUGCCAUGUCCAUGGCACUUAUUGCUGAAAAGAAAAAGCAGGCACACCUCAGGCGACACCACCUUGAACUUGAACGUCGCCGUUCCUUAAACCAAUGUCCUGGUGAUGCCAUGCAGGGGCCUCCAAAAGACCCUUAUUUCGGAGAGAACCUCGAGUUUUAG